CCCAGUAAUCACCGUUUCUAACACAGAGGGCUGUUCACUGCUGAGUGGUUUCAGAGCCGUUUGGUGGUGCCUGAGUGUAAGAUUUGGAUGAAGAUUUCUGGUUAGUUCAGCGGUGGGCCUUCUUGGGUCACCCAGAGGAGGGCUUCUCCCCUGGGUGACCCUCAGCUGGAGAAAAUGGGCAUGUUGAGGCUAGGGAGAGGGCCUAGGGGGCAAAGCUGCACAGCAGGGUGGUUGUGAGGAUCUCAUACGGUCACUUCUCACAGGCACUUAGGCUAGAUUUGUCACCGGGCCUCAGCAUCCACUGCUGUUCAUGGCUGCUUCUGCUGGCACUGCUCUGGUCCAUGCUCCCGUACCACAAAUGGGAAAGCUGCUCCUGUAUUUAGUCUCUUGUCCACACAGAGACACUAGGUGGGACAAAAGGCCUUAUGGGCAGCCUGUUAGCAUGAGGUGUGCUCAUCCAGAUCAUCAAUAAAAAGGGCUGGCCCCAGUACUGACCCCUGAGGAACACAGCUAGCGACUGAUGGCCAGCUGGAUUUAAGUCUCCUCUCCUCUCCUCGCCACCUCUCUCUGGGCCCAGCUGUCCAGCCAGUUUUUUACCCAGUGAAUAGUACAACCAUCCAAGCCAUAGACUGUCAGCUUCUCCAGGGGAAGAGGGCGGGGUCUAGGGGGAUGAAGUCUAGGUAGACAGCAUCCACAGCCUUUCCCCCAUCCACUAGGUGAGUCACCUGGUUGUAGGAGUCAAGGUUGGACAAACAGGAACAUGAAUUCAUGUUGGCUAGGCCGGAUCACCUGGUUGUCUUCAAUAUGCCAUGUGAUCACACUCAGGACAAUCUGCUCCAGGACCUUCCCCAAUACCAAAGUCAGGCUGACAGGUGUGAAGUUCCUCAUGAAGUUCCUGGUGGCUACCAGCAUUUCUACAUAUGCCACAGGAGUCCAGUCUUUUGACUUGCCUGGGCCACAUGGAGUGAAGAGGAACUGUCUUGGGCCACACAGAAAAUACACAGUUAACGUAGAUCAGCUACAAAACUUAUUUUAUAUAUGCAUAUCUUUUAUUAAAAGGUAAAAAACAGCAACAAAAACGUAAAACUAGCGGUAUAUGUAGCUUUAUUUAGUGAGCCUCAUGCAUCAGCUUCUGGUUCAACAGCAGUGGCUGUAGUUCUUAGUGAGUUCCCAAGGGGUUUGGCAGAGGUUGUACAAAAAGAGGUCACUCACUACCUGGGAGCUCAGUCCGGCCACGUGCCUCACAGCAGGGCCGAUGCCAGGGCCACGGCAGCCCAGGGCAGCUGAGAGGGGCUGUUCGAGGUGGGGCCGAAGGCUGGGGCUGGGGCGUUUGUGACAUCACGGUGCGUCACAAUGCGGGGCUGGUAUUGAGGCCAUCAGCAGGCAGCGGCUGCUCCACUUUGGCCUGGGCCAGCGAUCAUGGCUUUGGCGUUUGUCUUCUCGUUGUUGGCGCAGAGAGUGCCAUGUGUUGGUGAUUAUUUGGAUGAGGAAACCCUCAACCGCAUGCAGCAGCGUGAGGAGUAUCUGCAAGAGCAGAUGACAAAGCUGCUGCUGGAGAUAGAAGAGAUGGAAAGGGCGCAGGGCAGGAUGGGCUUGCAAGCCCUGCUCUUUGCUUUGUUGCCAUACUGGAAAACUGUGAGCGUUCUUUGUCUCUUCGUCUUUCUGUUUUGGUUCAUGUGGAAGAUCCACAAGAAGUUCCGGGGCGUUGAAGACGACAGUGAUGUGGAGAGCUCCAGCAGUGAGGAGCAGCAGCAGGAGCAGCAGGAGCUGGAGCAGCAGGAGCAACAGAUGCAGGUGGUGGAAGUGGAAGCAAAGGAUGAAUUUGUCUUUGCUGAAGAGUUCUGGCCAAUCCAUACCCAUCAAGAGGAUGGUGAACAGAUCCUCUCGCUGUUGCAUCACCUCAUUGAUAUCUGCCAACAUAUCGUGGCGGAUACUUUCUAUCCAGUGCCAGCACACACCACUGGGGUGGGCAGUGUCUAUGAAGGCUGGUGUCCCCUUGUAAAUGAGCCUGUCUUCUGCGUGGUUGUGUCCCUGUUGGCCCCCCGUGGGCACACUUUCCACCCGGAUCUGGGCGCCCCAGAGGAGCUGCCAGCGAGGAACUCCCGUGUCCGUGUAGAGCUGGAAUGCACGUGCGGGAGGGAGCAGGAGAUGCGCAUGCGAUGCUUCCUCCACGCCUCCGCGGCAGAGCUGAGAAAUCAGCAGUCCAACCUCCUGCACAGCCUCUGCACUGACUCCUACCUGGAUGUAGAGAAGACUGCUCACUGGUUCCAGAACCUGAUCAGAAAUGCCUGGAAAUGCACGCAUUUGUCAGCAAUGUGCAGCCUGAAUGUGACGCAGUCCAAGCGCUCCUGCAGGCUUCAGGUGACAGAUGUCUACAAGAAAAUCUUCUUAGUUGAGAUGCUGUUUGGCGUACAGCAAGAUGACACGGACAUCUUUCUGAGCAGCCAGGAGACAGAGGUCGGUACUACUCCCAGCACGACCUGGCCACAGAGCUGUGCUGUGGCAGAAGCGAAGUUCUUCCUACUUGUAGCCGCCCGUGCUGAGGAGAGGAAUUUCUACAUCAGAUAUAUGCAAGUGUGCGCCUAUAUCCUGGCGGGCCUCAACUUUUCAGUCUAUGAACUGAAGACAGUGCUCAUGCACCUCCUGACUGCCAUCCCUUUGGAAAGCUGGCAUGGGAGAUAUUUCCUGGAGCGGAUCGAUGACCUCUUGCGCUACCUGCGCUGCUGCGUGGAGGAGAAGCAUCUGGGCCACUUCUUCAUUGGAAAUGAAGACGUGCCUGCGGAGAUUAUCUUGCCGCAGGAUUUCCGAGAGUCCGAACCGCUCAACCUCUUCCAGCACCUGGAGGAUGCGGAAAGACAUGAGCAGGCACUGCAGGAGUUGGAGGAGCUGCAAGAUCGGCUCAUGAGCCUGCUGAUCUAUGGGAAGUGAGAGACAUCCACUUGUCCCACAGACGAGCACCCUGAACACGGAGAAGACACCGCUCCGUAGGCAGUGGGAAUUGCUCCUGGAUGUUUUCUCCACACUGGGGCAGCCGAUGAAGAGGGUGCUGCGUGAACACUUGAAACAGAGACUCUUCAAACCAGCUGGGCAGAGACCACCCAGCCUCUCCAAGAGCAUCUGUUUGCUCCGGGAGCAUUUUCCCCUAGGAAGACCGGCAAUGAAAGACUUGCUUGAAGAACCUGAUCUGAAGAAGUAGAGCACAAUGUACUUUGUGACGUGUGCUUAGAAAGAGCUGAUGCGAAAAAGCAGAAAUACCACCUGUUGAAGUCGCGUAUUUUAGAACUACAGUUGUUGAAUGAUGUGGUUAAUUCUCACUUCUCAAGCUCUAGUAGAAUUAUAUUCAUAUAUUAUCUAUAGUAUCAGAGACUAGAAAGUACGUUGUGAUCUGUUCUGUUCUUUUAAUAAUUUUAAUAAACAUAUUUAUUUUUAUAA